GAUGUCGUUCACCUUCAAUUGAAAUGAUCCGGAUGUGACGUCUGUGUUGAUAUUUUUUUUUCCCAGUCACUUCAAAGUUUCCGUGAAGUCUGAUACCCGGAAGUAGCAAGAUGGCACCAAGUGGAUUAAAGGCGAUUGUUGGAGAGAAGAUCAUCAAUGGAGUAAUCAAGAGCGUGAAGAAGGAUGGAGAAUGGAAGGUUCUGAUUGUGGAUCACCUCAGCAUGCGGAUCCUUUCAUCCUGUUGCAAGAUGUCUGACAUCAUGGCAGAGGGCAUCACCAUUGUGGAGGACAUUAACAAGCGAAGAGAGCCCAUCUCCAGCCUGGAGGCCAUUUACCUCAUCUCCCCUGUGGAAAAGUCUGUUCGGGCUCUCAUCAACGACUUCAAAGAAAUGGCCUUCACUUAUAAAGCGGCUCACAUCUUCUUCACCGACAUUUGUCCAGAUGGCCUAUUCAGUGAGAUUGGGAAGUCCAGGGUUGCUCGUGUCAUCAAAACCCUGAAGGAGAUCAACGUAGCCUUCCUGCCUUAUGAGUCCCAGGUGUUCUCGCUGGACGACCGCGGGUCCUUCCACACCCUGUUCAGCCCCCAUCGGGCGCGGGACAAGAGCCGCGUGCUGGAGGCGCAGGCCGAGCAGAUCGCCACGCUCUGCGACACGCUGAAGGAGUACCCCGCCGUCCGCUACCGCGGUGGCUCUGAGGAGAACGCCGCCCUGGCCGAGAUGGUUCUGGACAGACUGAACGCUCACAAGGCGGACAAUCCCAGCAUGGGAGAGGGUGCAGACAAGGCACGCUCGCAGCUUCUGAUUGUAGACCGCGGGUACGAUCCGAUUUCCCCAAUCCUGCAUGAGCUGACCUUCCAGGCAAUGGUGUACGAUCUCCUGGAGAUCGACCAAGAUAUCUACAGGUACCAGUCCACCGGGCUCGGCGACUCGCGGGAGAAGGAAGCUCUUCUGGACGAGGACGAUGACCUCUGGGUGCAGCUGAGGCACAUGCACAUCGCUGAUGUCACAAUGAAGGUAUCAGAGCUGCUGAGGAAGUUCUGUGAGAGUAAGCGGAUGUCCACAGAGAAGGCCAAUAUUAAAGACCUCUCUCAGAUGCUGAAGAAGAUGCCUCAGUAUCAGAAGGAGUUGAGCCUGUAUUCCACCCACCUGCACCUGGCUGACGCCUGCAUGAAAAGGUUCAAGCUCACACUGGACAAGCUGUGUGAGGUGGAGCAGGAUUUGGCCACCGGGGUGGAUGCUGAGGGGGAGCCCAUUAAAGAUGCCAUGAAGAGCAUUGUCCCCGUGCUGCUGAACACUGACAUAGAACCCUACGACAAGAUCCGCAUCAUCCUGCUCUUCAUCUUCCACAAAAAGAAGGGUAUCGGGGAGGAGAACCUGGCUAAGCUCAUCCAGCACGCCAACAUACAGCAGGACAGCAACAUCAUCACCAACUUGCAGCACUUGGGCUGCCCCAUCAUCGCCGGGGGGGCGAAUGCUGGGAAAGCCUUGCCCGACAGGAAGAUGGCCGAGAGCACCUAUCAGCUGUCCCGCUGGACGCCCGCACUCAAAGAUGUGAUGGCGAAUGCCAUAGAUGAUAAGCUGGACAAGAAGCUCUGGCCAUUCAUCUCCGAUCCUGCCCCUAUUUCCACCACGCAGACUGCUGUCAGCGCGCGGUUCGGACACUGGCACAAGAACAAAACGUCGGCCGAGUGCCGGAGCGGCCCGAGGCUCUUGGUCUUCGUGGUCGGCGGCGUGACCCGCUCCGAGAUGCGCGCGGCGUACGAGGUCACCCGCGCCACCGACGGCAAGUGGGAGGUGCUGAUUGGCUCCUCCCACAUCCUCACCCCCACCGACUUCCUGAACGAUCUGAAGAGCCUGGACCAGCCCCCCCAGGAGUCCUAGGCCAGCCCCCGGCCCCCGCUGGACCCCCAGACCCCCAACACCAGCAACUGCAAACCGUUACCACCGGUAGUUUAGUCACUGAAGUCGUCUCACUGUGUUCCUCAAACUAAUUUAUAUCAUGUUAUCUGCACUCUGGAAAGGACUGCGCUGUCUCUGUUACUCCAUAGAGGAGAAUUAUUUCCCCCAGUUUUACAAUGUGGGCAUCGCUGGGGAUUGUGAUUGUGGGGUCACCUGUACCUGGAAGUGGCAAAGACCACUGUGGGGCGGGGCCUGGGAGUUUGUGGCCCCUCCUACCCAAAGUGACAAAAUAUAAAGCUGUUUUUUGUAAACGAAUUUCGUUUUAAUCAAUUAGGAGAUCUGGCUCGCUCUCAUUUCACUAUAUUUUAUUCCUUUUUGCAUUUUUUUGAAUGCCUGGGGAGCAAAACUUGUGGCGUGCAGAUUGAUACUGUGAUUGAUGGAUGUCUCUGAAAUAUAUUUAAUAUUAAUGCACAGGUAUAUCUAUAAAGAGGCUCAUUUCAAAGUUUCACAGGGUGCCUUAUAAGGUGUGUUUGUGUGUUUGAUCCUUUUUGUGCUGCUGUCAGUGUGGAGUUUGUUUCCUUUCCUCAGGCCUGCGGGGACACCAAACCUGGGUCAAAUACGUAUUUGUUUUGGAUUCAAAUACUUUUCUGUGCUCUAUUGAUCUUGCCUGGUGUAAACUGAGCCUGCCAGUAUGACCAGAAGGUGGGCUGUUUGCACUUUUUGAGAGUAUUUCAUUGGUUCCAAUACACCAGACAAGAUCAGUAAAGCGUAGAAAAGCAUUUGAAUCCAAAACAAAUAUGUAUUUGACCCAGGUCAGAUGGACACAGGCUUCUCUUUUGCAUUCCUUGUAAGUACUGGGACAGAUGCGCUUGGCAUUGAUCAUUGAAUCUCUCAAAGAAGCAGAUUUCCUCCACAGCUGUUAAAUAACCCAACCAGACCUGUAGAGUGAUGGCACUCUGAGCCCAAGCCGCAGAGUUGAACAGUCCUCUUGUACAAAACUGAAUCGAGAAACCACACUGUUGUACAAAGCUGAGUAGAUAGACUGUAUUGGUGUACAAAGCUGGAUAGAGAGACUGUACUGUUGUACAAACCUGGAUAGAUAGACUGUACUGUUGUGCAAAGCUGGAUUAUGAGAGUGUACUGCUGUACAAAGCUGGAUAGAUAGACUGUAUUGGUGUACAAAGCUGGAUAGAGAGACUGCACUGUUGCACAAAGCUGGAUAGAUAGACUGUGUUGGUGUACAAAGGUGGAUAGAGAGACCGUACUGUUGUACAAACCUGGAUAGAUAGACUUUAAUGUUGUGCAAAGCUGGAUUGAGAGAGCGUACUGUUGUACAAAGCUGGAUAAAUAGACUGUAUUGGUGUACAAAGCUGGAUAGAGAGACUGCACUGUUGCACAAAGCUGGAUAGAUAGACUGUGUUGGUGUACAAAGCUGGAUAGAGAGGCUGUACUGUUGUACAAAGCUGGAUAGAGAGGCUGUACUGUUGUACAAAGCUGGAUAGAGAGACUGUACUGUUGUACAAAUCUGGAUAAAGAGACUGUACUGUUGUACAAAGCUGGAUAGAGAGACUGUUCUGUUGUACAAAGCUGGAUAGAGAGACUGUUCUGUUGUACAAAGCUGGAUAGAGAGACUGUUCUGUUGUACAAAGCUGGAUAGAGAGACUGUACUGUUGUACAAACAUGUGGAGAGAGACCUGGGGGCCCUUGCCCUGUUUUACCCACUCCUGUCAUAUCCCAGCUGACUCUGUUCUCUGGUAUAAUGUAUUUAGUAAAGGUGGGGUUGGGAAAGAGAGGGCAGUAAUUUAGAGUUUUCUGCCCAAUGAAACCUCCCCACCCUCAUCCCUGCGAUGUGCAUGCUCUCUUUUCAGCCUGGUUUUACAUUUCUCCUGGAAUUACAUACAAUAAUAAAAAAAUGUGAAAAUCCAGAAAAAAAAAAAA